AUGUCUGGACGCGGAAAGGGAGGAAAAGCCAAGACCGGUGGAAAGGCCAAGUCUCGCUCGUCAAGAGCUGGACUCCAAUUCCCAGUCGGUCGUCUUCACCGUAUCCUUCGCAAAGGAAACUACGCUCAACGUGUUGGAGCUGGAGCCCCAGUCUACCUCGCCGCUGUUCUCGAGUAUCUCGCUGCUGAAGUCCUCGAGUUGGCUGGAAACGCUGCCCGUGACAACAAGAAGACCCGUAUCGCUCCAAGACAUCUUCAACUCGCCGUCCGCAACGACGAAGAACUCAACAAGCUUUUGGCUGGAGUGACCAUCGCCCAGGGAGGAGUUCUUCCAAACAUCCAAGCCGUUCUUCUUCCAAAGAAGACUGGAGGAGACAAGGAAUAA